GUUAUCUCAUGUCAAGAUUAAUUUAUCGGGCAAAGAUUAAACACUUAGUUCGGGCUAUCGGCGACUAAAGAUAAUGCGGAGAUUAUGAAUCCCUAAAGAUAUUUAAUAUUAGGUACCAUUUAUCACGCCACAUUUAGGCCUGUAUCAGAAAUGCAACAAACAUACAACAGAAGACGGGGUACAUUUUUAUUACUUGUUGGCUGUAACUCAAAAUUUUGUAUCAAUUAGACAUCCAUUUAAGUCAGAUAAGAUAAGCAUACACAUUUUAAAUGGAAUCUCACGAUAAUAGCUACGAAUCCAUGGAUGUGGAUUACAGUGCCAAUUCUGUUACACAUAUGGAUAUUUCAUAUAACGACUCGCAAGUCUACGCGACACAAAUUAAAAAGGAAAAGUUAGAUGAAUGUGUCGAUAUAGGGGAACCCAUUUCACCCUGUGUGAGUGCUGAGGAUAUUAAAAGUUCGUCCUCGAAACCAAUGAAAACUUUUCACAUUAUUAAAACUCAACCUAAGAUGAAUAAAAUAACGCCUCAAUUUAAAAUCAUUUCCAUUGUUGGGGUUUUAGCCAUGUCAGUAAUAAUCUAUCAUUUACUAAAAUUUGAAUGUUCUGAUGAAUUCGAUUUAAAACAAUUAAAGGAAACACUCUCAAAUCAAGUAUAUGGACAAAACAAAGCCAUUAAUUCAAUCAUUCAUGUAUUAAAUAAAGAAGGAACAAAGUUACUUUUUUUUUAUGGAAGUACAGGAGUAGGUAAAACUUAUACUGCUUCCAUAAUAAUGGAAUUGUUUGGAAAAAAAUCUAAUUUAUACCACUAUACGAUGCCUAGUUUUGAAGAAAUUUUCUCCACAGACUUCAUGUAUGGCUUAAUACUGUGUAAGAGUUCACUCUUCAUUGUUGAUGGACUGAGUAGAAAUGAUAAAAUUGUGAACCAACAUGUAAAAGAUCUUAUAAAAAAAAGCCAAGAACUAGAUAAGAAUAUCACUAUUAUAUUAAUAUACAGUUGUGAUAACUUGAAUAAUUAUAUGAAAAUGUGUGAUGAGAAUUUUCACGUAAAAGUAACUGAAGACUUUAAAGAUGUAAAUGUACAUAAGGCAUUUGUUAAAUUUGAUUUGUUAAAUAACUUACAUUUGAGACAAUGUAUACAAAAAGAGGCAAGCAGCCAGAACCUAAAAAAUGUUGAUUACGAAAAACUUCUGAAGAAUUUUGAUGUUGCGGUAGAUGGGUGUAAAGGAGUUCACACAAAGAUUAAAUUGCUUUAAAAAGGUACCACAAUGGAUUUUGAUCAUAUAAAAAUUUUACCAAAUAUGUCCAUGAUUGUUGCUUUAUUUGUGAUGUAAGUGUUCCUAUUUAAGAUUCAGGUCAGUUUGUGUUUAGUUUUCAUUGAAGUUUGCUUUUCAGAAUUAACUAAUAAAAUAAAAGUAACAUAGCAAACUUCAUAAUUAUAUGUAUUGUUUUUACUUGUUUUUAAACCACACAAUUUAUUGACUAAAGUUUUUGGAUAUAUUAUGUAUUUUAAAGCAAAUAAAAUCACAAUGAGAGAUA